ACACACACACACGCGCGGAGAUCGAGGGAGGGUCUCCGCGCGCUCGACUCUCAGUUUCAUUGACUUCAUCCCAAACUCGGAUGAACUUUAGUUUUGACUGAUUCUUCUUCUCAUUUUCUUUCAUCUUUCAUUGCUCACAUUUUCAGUGUGUCAAGAGUAGCCUCGUGGGCUGCCUCAGACGGACGGACACGCACGAGACAAGCGCAACAGGAGGUUUCACGAGCGACUCACAUCGGACCAAGAAGGACUUUUUAAGAGAGACUUUUGGGAGCAAACUUUUGGCUGUUUUAUCUUCUUUUGUCGGCACGGUUCUUGUUUAACAUCUGUCCGGUGUCGACUGGACUUUCCAAACUGACCCGGGAUAUCUGCUGUCUGACCCGGGAUAUCAUCUGUCAGGGCGUUACACUUGUCCUCCGUAAUGCGUCCCUCAGUGGACAGCAUGUGUGCCCGCUGCAGCCUGAUCCUGGUCCUGGUUCAGGCUUUGGUUCUCGUCGCUCCUGCAGGAGGAUACAAUCUGGAUGAGGAACACAGUCUGGAGUUCAAUGGUCCCACAUCCUCCAUGUUUGGAUACUCAGUCCUGCUGCAUCGCCUUGGAGGUCAAAAAUGGUUGGUGGUUGGAGCCCCAGAAGCAAAUUCUACCUCCAGACCAUCUGUGCAAUCCCCUGGAGCGCUCUACCGUUGUGACAUUACUGGGGAGCACCGCCGCUGUCAUCACAUGCACGUUGACGUUUUGGACUGUGGGAAGACGUGUGAAGCAGAAAGUGAUCAUCAGUGGCUGGGAGUCAGUCUGUCCAGACAACCUGGAGACAACGGAGGACACGUCCUGGCUUGCGCUCAUCGCUGGAAAAACGUCUUCCACUCAAAGAAAGACGGUCAGAACAACAAGCUGCCUAAUGGAGUCUGUUAUCGCUUUGGUGAAGACCUGAGACACGCCCACCACAUGAUCCCAUGCUACAGAGACCACCAGAGGAAGUUUGGUGAGGAUUAUGGGUCAUGUCAGGCCGGCAUUUCCAACUUCCUGACAGAGGAUCUGAUAAUCAUGGGGGCACCGGGGACGUCUUAUUGGACGGGUUCAGUUCUGCUCUUUAACACGUCCAGCGGAGGGUUGUCAGUGUACCUGGAUGACGGCACUGGAGCUGUCAGCUUCGGAAGCUACCUGGGUUACUCUGUUGGAGCUGGUCAGUUCCUCGGUCCUGGUACUGUGGAGGUGAUGGGUGGAGCUCCACAAUACAACCAAAAGGGCAAGGUCUUCAUCUUCACCAUAAAUGGCAACAUGCUGAAUGUCAUCUCUGAAGUGUCCGGAAAAGAGUUGGGAUCUUACUUCGGCUCCAGUGUGUGCGCGGUGGAUCUGAAUGCUGAUGGUUUGUCGGACCUGUUGGUCGGUGCUCCCAUGGCCACAGGCGUCACCAGGGAGGAGGGAAGAGUCCAUGUGUACAUCAAUCAGGGGGAGGCCAAGCUGGUGGAGGCGGAGUUUCAGCUGACUGGUAAAGACGCCUACGCUGCCCGGUUUGGAGAGACCAUCGCUGACCUGGGAGACCUGGACGAUGACGGUUACCCCGAUGUGGCAAUUGGUGCCCCGCAGGAAGACGACCUUAAAGGAGCGGUCUACAUUUACAACGGCAGGAGGGAUGGCAUCUCUCCCACUCCGUCUCAGAGGAUUACUGGAUCCACCCUUGGCCGUGACCUCAGGAUGUUCGGACAGUCGCUCAGCUCAGGCAUUGACAUUGAUGAUAAUGGCUACCAGGAUGUUGCUGUUGGUGCGUUCCUCUCAGACUCAGCUGUAGUUCUCAGGACCCGUCCGGUGAUUCAGGUGAAGGCGUCUCUGGUUCUGCCUGAACAGAUUGACAAGCAGGUGGCGCUGUGCCAAGAACACAAGACUCCGACUGUCUGCCUCAAUGUCACCGUCUGCUUCAGCGUCAGCUCCAGACAUUUCAAAGGAGCGAUAGAUCUUCAAUAUAACUUGACCUCUGACCUCCUCCAUAAGCCAUCUUUCCCCCAUCGAUUUUAUUUCCAUAGUAACGGGUCUUCAAACAGCACAAGAGGGCGUGUGAGAGCCCGAUUAGGCCAAGUCAACUGUGCAACACACGUGGCUUACCUCAGGAAAGACGUGAAGGACAUUUUUACUCCAGUCCAGUUUGAGGUUUCCUACAGUCGCAGAGAAACAAGCUCCCACCGAUCCUCCUCCAGAACCUUCCCUCCAUUAAAACCCAUUCUGCAGCAGAGCACAGGACACCAGAACACCAUCACCAACCAGACUUGGUUUUCUCGCUCCUGUUAUCUCGUGAACUGUUCCACCAACAUGCAGCUUUCUGCUCAGCUAGUGCUGCCACAUCAGCAGCCGUACUUCGCUCUCGGCUCUGGAGAGACCAUCUCGUUGAAAACCUCGUUACUGAACUCUGGAGACGAAGCCUUCCUGCCACGAGUGACGCUGCGGUUCCCCGACAAUAUUCACUACGUCAAAGUCCUGCACAAUGAGGACAACAGCAUCAGCUGUGACGUCACACAGGAAGACAACAGUACAACAGUUAGUGUAACCUGUGGUGCUACAAGCCUCCUCCUUCCAGCCAAUGCCAAGUUGAAUAUCAGCUUCCUGUUGCAUGUUAGCCAGAACAGCACACCUGGUGACAUCAUCAUCCACGUCAACACCAGCAGCGAUAACUACGAGUGGGACGAGUAUCUCCAUGACAACGCCAUCAGUCUCCUCCUGCCUCUCAAAAAUGAGAUCAAUGUGAACAUCCAUGGUUUUGUGACGCCCACCACGUUCAUGUUUGGAGAUGAAGACUUGACUCCAGUUGAGUGCUACCCUGAGAGAUUCAACUACACAUACAAGGUGUUGAACACUGGUCCCAGCAGGUCUGCAGAUACUGUGGUUGAAAUCACUCUGCCGAAGAUCCUCACACCGUACCGACACAGACUGCUGCAGGUGGUCGACUGGCAGUCGUCUCUGGGUGUGUGCUCACUCAGCAAUACAACCGUCUCGGUCAUUGAAGACUGCGAGGUCCCCAAGGCUUCCUUCAUCAAGCAGCUCGUCUUCUUUUUUUCAUCGACGACAACCCGCAGAAUGUUUUGUGGCCGUGGUGAUCAGCUGUGUGAGCGGUUGGUGUGUCAUCUUGGUAACCUGGAAUCAGGAAGAGAAGCUAGCAUCCAGCUGGAGAUCAAAGUGAACCCCGCUGUACUUCUACAAGCUCCAGGUCGUCAUGGCAUCAUGAGGAUAGAAAGCACAGCGACUAUAUCAAAUCCCAGAGAAGGUCCUCACACAGUCUUUAUCCAUGAACAACGAGCAGCGGAGGUGGUGGUGGACACUCUUUUCGCACAGAAGCCCUCAGCAUUAGUGAAGAUCUUCAUCGUCGUGGUCAGUCUAGUUUUGGGUCUGAUGAUCCUGUCUGCUCUUAUCUGGUGUCUGUGGAAGGCUGGAUUCUUUAAGAGGGACUUCCAGAAGAGUAAAGAGGAGGAGAAGUUCAAAAGAGACAGCUGGGACUAUGUUCCUAAAAAUGACAAACGAGAGAGCACUUCCUAAUCCUGACCGUCACCUCCGGCUAUCACCGCUGAUAUCUGAACACAGAGUGGAGCUUUACGUGGUGACUGUGCAGCAGUCACUAAUAAACUGAUGGAUGGGAUGCUGUGUGUGAAAAUAUGGCUACCCCAUUUCUUUGAAAACAGAAGGAAGUACGACUGUUGGACCUCAUCAGCCAAUGAAAUCUGUCCAGACUGUGUCAGGUGGUUUACAGCCAUACUGAGACAACACAGACACGUCUCGAGUGUGACGGCUCAUUAACUGUCUCCCAAACACAUCUGAAUCCGACUGUGCCUUAAAUGAAAUAUUUUUGCUUCGAUGUGCCUUCACAAAGUUAAAAGACUUGAAGAAGACUGCAGCAAUUGAUGAAUGAAGGAUUAAAAAAAGGGAAAUGGUCGAAUAAGGAGGUCUCGGGGCUUCCCUGGGAUGUGGCCUGAGGCCUCCACUUUGGAUUUUUUUAAAAGGAAACCAAACAAAGGAAGAGACUUCUUGAUGACCUUUGAUCUCAGGUGGCGGCAACCUGGCCUCUGAUUGGCUCAAACUCUCUGGAAAACCUCCUUUUUUGUCUGGGUGCUUAGUCUUAUGAUGUUUUUGUUUACCUGCUGACCAACAUGUUAUGCACUGGCCACACACACACACACACACACACACACACACACACACACAGAGAACAUACUGGCUAUAAUGUACCGUUGUUGCACAGAGGAAGUAGUCAAGCUGUGGCUUCUGCAAUGUGCUGGUGCUGGAUGUGAUAGAAAUGCAUUUUUUCUGUGGGUCAGACUUAUUAAGACUGACACUGGUAGCAGAAUUCAUCUGUGUCUCAACAGAUAUCACUUCUUUUUUUUUAAGUCACUCUUCACUCUUGGAUAAAUAUUUUGGAAGAACAGAGAGCUGGAAAGUACAAAACAAGAAAGCCUGAAAGCCAUUGCGACUGAAAAGUGUGACCAUGUCCCAAGUUGACUAAAGGUUUAGCGAUAAGCUCAGUGGCUGCUGUAGUUCACCAGAAAAACUCUUUUUACUAUUUGGCAGUUGUGGCUCCUCAUUUUCCUCAGUUGCAUCAUAACUCCAAUCAGCACAGAAGGAGAGAGAGAGGGAUGUUCUUUACCAAAUUCAACAGCAUGUCUGUCACUGGCAUUAUUUAGAGGACACAGCAACAACUCAGGACACGCAACACUCAAAACAGCAUUUUGAAUUGUAAGCCAGCUAGAAAUUGCCUGGGUCGGAAUAUUAAUAAUAAUAAACUGUUUUAUCUUUAACGCACUUUUCAGUGGAAAUAAAUCUCAACGACAGAAUUAAAAAAGAAAGCAAACGCUGAGAGAAAGCAGAAGUUGAAGAAGUAUGAUUAUUUUUAAAAAAUCAAGUAAGCGUGGGAAUAAGUUAAGAACACGAGUGAACAUAGUAUCUGUAAGAGCCUCAACACAGGCACUCAAGUCUGUCUCCACUGUUUUAAUGCAGCUCAGAACAGUUUAUAUUAUUGGGUUCAGGUUGACAGGCUGCUGUCUUGAUUUAAUAAAAAACUCCCGAGCUCCUCUUAUAUUUUUAAUGUGCAGAUCUUUUUUCUCAUGAAGAUCGGAGGAAGCUGAAUUAUCACACUUGAAAUCACAAAACUCCAACUUUGUCACCAAGAAACAAAUACGACAGGGACGUACUUUGUGGUUUGAUCAGUCUGAAUUCACAUGUUCGCGUGCUUAUCACAUUAUUAAGAUCUGUUUCCUACUUGUGUGGUCCACUAACGAGCCAAAACUGAUGUGAGAAAUGUACCAGAAAAUGUCUUAAUGCAUUUGGGGACAAGCUGAGAACGAUGUAAGACAAGCAGCAGCCUUUUUCUUACAAACAUGAUGUGACAUUAAGAAAGGCUUGACUGUAAUCUACUGUUUCAACAUCACUUAAAUACGUUUUAUCAACUUUUCUAGGUAACAAUAAUGGAGCAUUUCUUCUCAUUUGAGAUUUAUAUCAAAAAUAAAUAGUAUUUAUAGUGUGCUUUUCAAGACCUGCACAGACAGAACACACAGCCAGCAACAAACUGAGUCACAGGGUUAAAAGAUGGAAGACUACUUGAAAAUUAGAAAAUGUUGAAGAUAUCUAAUUUACUCAAAACUUAGUUUAAUGUUCAGUUUGUUGCAGACGUAGAAAUUUAAAAGCAGCUGCUAUGCUUCCUUCUGUUUAUGUAUUUUGUACAAAUGCACAACACACAGAUGUUUUUUUUUUUAAAUAUUUUAAUUAAUGAGUUUGUCGUUUUGUUUAUGUGAAGAUAUUCUGCACUGGAGAGUCUCACUGCUUUUAUCAACACUUUCCAUUAAAAUUAAGGAUUUUCUAUUUAAA